ACGUGAGUGACCAGGCGCCUACGUGGGCACCAGCCCCCGCGCCCGCCCGCCCGCCCGCCCGCCCUGCGGUCCCGUCCAGGCGCCCGCGCAGAAUCAGCUGUCUGAGCUGCCCAGGCGGCGGGGGAGCAGCGAGCGGGCUUCCGCGAGCCCGAGGAGGCACAAGCCUGUCCUGGGUACCCGCAGGUCUGCGCGUCUGUUGUUCCCAGCGCUCUGAGAGGCCUGAAAAGGAGGAGCAACCUGUCCAGAAUCCCCGCAGGACAGGAAAAAGAGAAAUCUCGACAUGGAAAAACCCUACAAUAAAAAUGAAGGAAACCUGGAAAACGAGGGAAAGCCAGAAGAUGAAGUAGAGCCUGAUGAUGAAGGAAAGUCAGAGGAGGAAGAAAAGCCAGACAUGGAGGGGAAGACAGAAUGCAAGGGAAAGCGAGAGGAUAAGGGAGAGCCAGGUGAUGAGGGACAACCGGAAGAUGAGGGAAGCCAGGAAAAGCAGGGCAAGUCCGAAGGUGAGGGCAAGCCACAAGGCGAGGACAAGCCAGCCUCCCAGGCAAAGACAGAGAGCCAGCCGCGGGCCGCCGAAAAGCGCCCGGCUGGAGAUUAUGUGCCUCGGAAAGCAAAAAGAAAAACGGACAGGGGGACAGACGAUUCCCCCAAGGACUCUCAGGAGGACUUACAGGAAAGGCAUCUGAGCAGUGAGGAGAUGAUGAGAGAAUGUGGAGAUGUGUCAAGGGCUCAGGAGGAGCUAAGGAAAAAACAGAAAAUGGGCGGUUUUCAUUGGAUGCAAAGAGAUGUACAGGAUCCAUUCGCCCAAGGGGACAACGGGGUGUCAGGGGAGUGAGGGGUGGAGGUAGAGGCCAAAGAGGCUUACACGAUAUCCCAUACCUUUAAUGCCUUUGGCCUUCCACUCUGACUUCUCUGAUGAGAUUAUUGCCAAUCCUGCUUUCCCUGGUAGAUAUUUGCCAGGCCCAAUGCUUUAACCUUAAGCUGAUAUUUUUGCUUUAGAUGUCAAUCUCGUUACCAGCAGCCUUUUGACCCAACUACAGCGCUCUAUAUUUUAGUAGAGGAUUUUCACCCAUGUGCAUGGAAAAGAUGUUCAUGACACAUUGUAAAAAAUAAAUAAAGAACAGUUUGCAGAACCGCAUAUACAGUAUCAGGCAAUUUUUAUAAAAAUGUAAAUGUUUGUAUAAUGCAUUUCUGCACAAAGAAAACUUUUAAAGCGUGUACACUGAAAAGUAGGCAAUGGUUAUUCCUGAAGGGCAGCCAAGAAUAGGUCUCACCUGUGUUCAAAAAUGAGUCCUACCACCUCUUUUAUGUACCUCCAUGACAUUCCUCUGCUGCUGUGCACAUCCCUGUGUCUUCCCUAGGUGUAGCCAGGCCAGUGGGCACUGUUGCUGGGUCCUCUAUCAUGUUCCUGGGUCCUCUAACAUGAGUGCUGGGUCCGCACACAUGUUCCUGGGUCCUCUAUCAUGCUAUGGCACCCCAAUGUGUGACUCUUUUACUUUGCUCACUCAUCUCUAUCUUUUCU